CAGUGUUUUCCCCACUCCAACGCUGCGUAUGAGUAACGAGGUGUGCAAUGCCAGGGUUACCAGACCCGCUGCCAAGGUGACCCUCGCUUGCGGUCUAAACAAGGCAAAACAAACAAACCGGAGACCGCAUAGUUACUAUCUCAACUGCUGUACACAUUUUGAACGCAGUGAAAAUAUUCCAUCCACAGUGAAUUGAAGCCAAAUUUUAGAGCAACAUCUUCUUGCAACAUGCCUUGUCUAUCGGCCUGCAAUGUGCGUUUUGUGAGCGCCGAGGCGCAGCUGAAGCAACGAUGCCAAGAGCUAAGAGCACGGGCCCAGACCGCAGCCUAUCGUCCGCCUCCGGGUGGCUUUAGACCCAUGACAUCGAUGGCCGCCAAUCCACCGAGUUACAUGAGCUAUCGGCGACGCAGCGAACAAUUUGCUGCCUUCGAUCAGAAGCAAUUAAAGCGCAAUGAACGCGAACGGCGACGCAAUCAAGGUGCCAAGGAGCUGGUGCUGCGACCCGCUGAGCUCAAGCGGCUGAAGCAACAAUGUCAGGUGGUGAGCAUCGAUGACAAGCUGCAGGCCAUCGAGAGGAGCGAAACAGAACAUCGCCGGCAACUGCAGCUAGUCGAAGAGACGAAGCAACGCUUCAAGGCCAUCGAUGCGGCACGCAAGGCGGAAAAAGUGGAGCCGCAAUGCGAGGAGGUGAGUGCCGCCUUGGAGGAGCAGAACACGGUGCUAAGUCGUGCUCUGCUGGCAAAGCAGGAGCAGGAGGAGGACGUGAAGCGCAUCAAUCGCAUGAUACUCGAUGCCAAGUGCAAGGCGGUGCGUGAGGCGCAGAUCCAAGAGAAGCAGCAAAUGGCUAAAGCGUUGCGCGAAGACGACGAGCGUCUGGCCAAAAUGGUCAACGAGCGGGCCAAGCAAGCGUUGAGUGCUGAAGACGAACGCGAACGUUUGGAGAUCGAGAAGCGAGCAAAGUAUGCGCAGGACAUUCGCCAGCAGCUGAGUGAGCGGGAGAAUCAACGAUUCCUCGAGGCACAACGUGUGGCUGCUGAGGCCAAGCAUUUGAAGAAGGCAACCGAGUUGAUACGCGAGGAGGAGGAGCGACAGCGCAACUUCAUACAGCUGAGGAAACUCCGUUUUCGUGAGGAGCUGCAGCGCAUACGAGAGAUGUCCAGCGUGUUCAAGACAAUGCUCAUCGAGCAGGAGCGUUUGGCUGAGCUGCGUGUGGCGGCUUAUAUGCGUGAGAAGCAGGCCAAGGAGCGUCAGCUCAAGGACACACAGAAGCUGCUGAAGAAGGAGUUUGAGCGGCGACAGCAGCGCAUCUACACAAUCGCAGCCGAGGCGCAGGAGACUCGCGAAACCAACGAGGAGCUGAAGUAUCUCAAGGAACGCAAUCGUGUGGAGCGCGAGUACCGCCAGCGCGAAAAGGAGGCAGCGAUGGCCAAGAGAAUGGCCGAACGCGAUCUCCUCGAGUCGCGUGCCCAGCAGGCGCAGGAGAUGAAGCAACGCAUUGCCCAGGAGAUUGCCCAUGCCGAAGAGGAGUUCAACAAGGUGCUGGAACGCAUGCGUGACGAGGAGGAGAAGCAGCGACGCUUGGAUCGCGAACGAGAGGAGCGCAGUCAAGUCUAUAGACGUGAUCUCAAGCAACAGAUGACGGAGAAGGAGGCGGAGCGACGACGACGCGCUGACAUCGAGCAGGAUCGAAUGCAAAAAUGGUUGGAGCAAGAGCAGCAACGAGAUGCCAACAUCAAGCAUGUGAUCAGCUCGAAGAUCGCAGCGAUGCGAGAGAAUUGUUUGCCAGAGAAAUACUUAAAAGAGGUUGAGAAGCAGCUAAAGAACAUUCAAAGCUCGCGCAACCGCAAUCGCAUACGCUAAAGCGAUUAAAAGCGGCAUAGCUUGCGGCAGUCGUCGCAGUCAGUUUGUAUUAACAUAGCGCGCCUAGAAGUAUGCAACACUUUUCUACCACCUUGCAAUGUGAACUUGAACUUUGCUGAACUACGUAUAAACGUAUAAUAAAUUAAGAUAAGCACCACACAAUAAUGCACUCAAAUAAUUGAUUGAAAUAUGGUUUACUCAAUAAAAUGAACCACAAAACUGUGGCAAUCGUAAAAUGUCGAUUUAAUAGUGAAGCUUAAGCAAAUUUAAGCUUCCGCCUGAAAGUAUGCUACAGGAAUUGGGCAACCGCAGCUUAAGUUGGCUGGAAAUGAAAUCAAAGGCAUUGACGCUAUAACCAUGACAUUGUUGCGUGCUCACAGUUAUUCACAUCCAGAUCCAACUAAAGACCUUUCAAUCCCACACGCACACACACACGCAAACACAUUCACAUGGCGCUAAUUUCUAACCAGCUGGGUGCUCAGUUUGCCAUUCCAAAGAUGUCUUGGCCUAACUUGGCUGACUCUGGCAGCUCGAGGCAGUCACAAACACACACCACAAACAAUUACGAGAGACGACGAGUUGUGCACAUGCCAAAAAACUACGCCUCACUACCGUGAAAAAGUGGUAGCAACUUUUGGCUACAAUAAAAUUUUAUUAUGCCACACACAUACGCAACGCAACACACAUGUGUAGAA